UCUGUCGGCAUACCCAAUCCAUCACAACACAAAAGCCUCUCACGCAAGCCAUGCCAGCAGUGCCCCUCUUUGCCCUAUCAUCAUCUCAACAGUAACGCACUACAAUGGCGGUGUUCAAGAGUCUAUUUAGUGCGGUGAUUGCUGUUUUGGCCUGUCAUGUCCACAGCCAAUGGGUACCCAGUAAUAUGCAACAACAACCCUGGGCGACACCGACUCAACAUCUACCGCCCGAGAAUCCGAUACCCACCGCAACUGCACCACCCCCUGACAAAUGCCAAGUGGAGCGUGGCGCCAAGAUCCACUGCGGACACUCAGAUGUUACCCCCGAGCAGUGUUGGAGCAUAAACUGUUGCUAUGAUGGUCAGAUGUGUUACUAUGGGAAAGCAGUGACUUUGCAGUGUACCAGAGAUGGGCAGUUUGUGGUUGUUGUGGCGAGGGAUGCCACAUUGCCACGUAUCGAUGUGGAUUCUGUGAGUCUACUAGAGUCUGAUCGUGAGUCCUGCAGCCCGGUCGGGGUCACAGCAGCCUUCACUAUUUUCCAGUUUGCAGUGACUCAGUGUGGUACUAGAAUAACAGAGGAAGAUGGCUACAUUGUUUAUGAAAACCACAUGUCUUCAGCGUAUGAGGUGGGAAUAGGACCCAGAGGAUCGAUCACCAGAGACAGCCAUUUUGAGCUGCUGUUUCAGUGCCGAUACUCUGGCUCUGCAGCCCAGGCUGUUGUCAUGGAGGUAAAUGAUGUCCCUGCUCCUCUCUCUGUCGCAGCCACAGGGCCUCUCCGGGUGGAGCUCAGACUGGGGAAUGGACAAUGUCACACAAAAGGAUGUGUUGAGGAGGUGGCAGCGUAUACUUCCUACUACUCUGCCUCAGACUACCCCAUCACCAAAGUCCUGAGGGACCCGGUCUAUGUGGAGGUGCGGAUCUUGGAGAGGUCUGACCCCAAUGUGGUCCUGACCCUGGAGCACUGCUGGGCCACGUCUGCCCCCGGCCCUGACAGCCUGCCUCAGUGGGACCUCGUGCUGAAUGGGUGCCCAUACUCUGAAGACCACUAUCUGACCAAAAUGGUACCAGUAGAUGCCUAUUCUGGCCUUACUUAUCCAACACAUUACAAACGAUUCAUUAUGAAGAUGUUCACGUUUGUGGAUCAAACCACCUAUGCUCCAUACCAGGACACGGUGUACAUCCACUGUUCUACUGCGGUGUGUUAUCCCAACAGCAUGGACUCCUGUCAAUCACAGUGCCACCGGCAAAGGAGAAGUGCUGCAGCAGCCAAUGUUUCCUCCAACCAGAGAACACUAGUGUCAAGUGGAAAAGUGAUCCUGACCUCUGACCCCAGUCAGAAAGAGACUCUCAUUUCAAUCUCCAAAUUUAAUACCUGACGAUCCACUGACACAUGUUUUAAUAAUAAAGCUUGUUAUAAGCUUA